GUUUUUUUGUGAACCAAUCGGAGUACGCCUGCAAUUAUUUGUGUUCAUGUGCGCCAGUGAACUUCCUUGAAAGGAAAGGUACCGGACCCAAAUGGCCUCAGUAUGGCAAAACAUGUAUUCAAUGCACCAGUGGAUUCUGGAGAAUGGAGACAAGAGGACAGAUCCAUGGCUGCUUGUGUACUCCCCUGUCCCUAUCCUUGUUGUCUUCCUUUGUUACCUUGGUGUGAUUUGGGUGGGGCCGCGAGUGUUGAAACACAGAGAACCUGUUGACCUCAAGCUUGUGCUCAUAGUGUACAACUUCACAAUGGUGUGCCUAUCUGCCUACAUGUUCCAUGAGUUUCUGGUCACAUCAUGGCAGGCAAACUACAGUUACCUUUGCCAACCUGUUGAUUACAGCACAAGCCCACUGGCAAUGAGGAUGGCUAGUGUAUGCUGGUGGUUCUUUUUCUCCAAGGUCAUAGAACUCAGUGAUACGAUAUUUUUUAUUCUGAGGAAAAAGAACAACCAGCUGACCUUCCUCCAUGUUUAUCAUCAUGGUACCAUGAUUUUCAACUGGUGGGCUGGAAUCAAAUAUGUGGCUGGGGGACAAUCAUUCUUCAUUGGCCUGCUCAACACCUUCGUCCACAUAGUGAUGUACUCCUAUUAUGGUCUGGCUGCCCUUGGACCUCACAUGCAGAAGUACCUGUGGUGGAAGCGCUAUCUGACCUCAUUACAACUGCUCCAGUUUGUGUUGCUGACCACACAUACAGGGUACAACCUUUUCACAGAGUGUGAUUUUCCUGACUCCAUGAACAUGGUCGUGUUUGCUUACUGUUUGAGCCUCAUUGGACUGUUUAGCAACUUCUAUUAUCAGAGCUAUCUCAAGAGGAAGAGCAAGAACAAAUAACACAAUUGUUAUUUGUCGGUAGUUGUUUGUGAUUUUGUACCAGUAACAACGUUUAUCAUGUCAUGUGGACUUAAUUGUCCAUUUGUCUGUGAUUCUUAAAGAGUAACUAAACAUCAAACCUAAACUCAUAAUAUUAAUACUCAUGCAUAAACUUAUGUUCUUCUGGAGUUGAUUGCUGAUAGAUUUGUCAUCUCUGCAAUCUCUGGAGUGUUUAUCUUUUCACUAUUUGAUGGUAAAUUCUUGCUUUAUUGCCCCUAGUGGUUAAUACUUUGAGGAGAAAUGCAUGAUGUACACAAGCGACUUUUUAAAAGUUCUCUGAUAAUUGUCCGUGGUCAUGUAUUGCUUCAAGCAUUUUGAGGAAAUCCCAAAAUGAAUACUUUCGAAAAAAAUGUAAUGUACAACUUUUCACCAGAAAGCAUACAUUAAAAGAUGAAGGGGUUGGCUAAGGCAGAAA